AUGGCCCGCGGGCACCGGCGUGAACAUCAAAACCUGGCAGCGGCCUUGAUCUUCCUGCUUUGCGUCAGGGAGGUCGCGGCGGCCCGGGACUCCUUCCAAGCGCAGCAGUUGGCGGCCCACGUCGGCAGCCAGCUCAAAGCCGCGGGCGCCCAGCGAGAGUGGCGCUCUGCCGUCGCAGAGUCUGGAGAGUUUUCCAUACGAACCAUGUGGGCCAUCGGGGAGGCCAACAUCACCUUCCGUUUCUCGGGAGAGAGAAAUGGAGGGGGGCGCCAGAGAGUUGUGACAAGAUAUGUGGAGGUAGCAGGCUUGGACACAUUGUAUCGAAUCAUGCCAGAUGCGGUGGUCCUCAAUCAGCAGAUUGACGGCAUGGCGGUGAUGGCUGUCGUGGGCUGGCAAGCAUACGACAAAAGUUCGCACACUUGGGGGUCAAGUGAAUACGCCAAGAAGCGAGCGAUAUUUUUCCGCACCGAGAUGAACCCCUCAGUUGGAGUGACGACAUCGAGUUUUUGGGGGCGGUUGGCCGGCCUCAAAGUUUAUCGAACCAAAGCGAAGGACAAAAGCGACGACGAAGUUCAGAUGUACUACAUUAAUGAGAAUGGCAAGAUGAAGUUCAUCGAUCAGGACGACGUUACACAGCGCCUCCCAGAGCAUGAGGAGCUUGAGUUCUACAUGCCAGGGUACGCGGCAGGAGUUUUCACACGCCCCGACAGAGAAUUGAUGGGCAUGGUGGAUGGCAUGUUAGGAGAGACCUCGUGCCUGGGCAGUCCCAGCAAGUGUGCCUUCCGCUGCUUCUACGACUCGGAGCGCGAUGUUUGUGGACCGACGGGUUUCUGCCGGAAGGUUGGAGCUGAUGACGUGCCAGAUGUGCUGGCACCCUUUGGGCAACAACAAAAAUGCCGGGCAGUGGGCGCUGACAGCCAUGAAGAAGCUGACAUGGUACUGGCGGGCGAGAUGGGUUUAGGGAACUUGAAGGAAAUGGCCUUGAACGUUUCCGAGCGCCUGCUCCAAAGCGAAGCGGUUUCCUGGUCCAGCUCCGGUCGGAGCUCCUUAAAGACUUCGGUCGCCUUGUGGCUGGAGGCCGCCGACCUCCUCAACGUCCUCGAAACGCUGCCGAUGCGCCUGGGGGAGGAAAGUGGGGACUUCCGCUUGGCUGCGAGGCGCGCGGCGGCCACGGACCUGAAGCACUGGCGCCGCCGCCCGGACCGGCUGACGGUGUCGGAGUACCGGGCGGCGGCCUCGGCACCGGUGCCUGCGCUGCGUGCAUCCCGGCGCCUCUCCGUGGCCGCCAAGCUGCCGCACAGCGAGCUGGUGUCUUUCCUGGUGAAGCGGCCAUCGGUGCUCAUGAUCUACGCCAAAAGCGAGUCCGAAGAGAAAUGCGUGCUUAAGGACGACACCGCCGAGGAGAAAGCCCAGGUCUCCACAUUUGUGAAUUACUUCUUGAAAGUGCCUGGCUACAAUGUUGAUGACCUUCGGUCCACGAGGCUGGGCCUGCCAACGCAUUGCCAAGAGUUCCUGGCGGGCGCGGAGAACAUGGAUGUGGAGCAUCUCGCACAAGAUGCUUCAGAAGGAGAGAGGGUGCUCGAGAAGGGCACCUCUUCGAGCAAAGGCGCCUCAAACAGCUUCGGGGAGCUCCGGUCCCGGCGCCUCGCCAGUGCUCUGCGCCUCUUCGGAGCUGGCGGUGCUGGCGGUGCUGGCGGUGCUGCUUCCUUCGGCACUUCUGAAAGCAGAGGCUCUCAGGAGGGAAAUGCGGGAGAUGCAGGAGACUCGCAAAGUGCUCCAAGAGAGUCGAAAGACUCGGUGACAGGCACCGCUCUGCAAUCGGCGGUGGCAGCCGCCAAAGCAGCGGAAGGAGCGGAAGUUGAAGGAGCGAAAGCAGAGGGAAUCGUAGAGGGCUUCGAGGGCGUCGAGGGCUCUGAGGGCCUUGCGGGGCAAAGCCUUCUUGGCCUCGGCGUGGGCGCAGACUUGGAGGUCCAUCAGAAGUUCGUCAUCAUCGCCUCCAUCAUCGUCGGCCUGGUGUGUCUUGUGGUCGCUGGAACGUUCUUCAUUGCCGGCUUGGCUAACCUCAACGGUUGCCUGAAGCAAAGCGGAGCUGCUGGUGGUGAGCACUGCCUUGCUGCGCUCGUCUGCAGCGCUUUGGGUGGGCUGGUGAUUUGCGGAGCUUUUGCCAUGUCCCUGGUCGUUGGUGUGGCCGCAUUGGCUGGCGCGCUGUUUUUGGUGAACAUUGCGCGGCACUACCUCCUCCAGACCGACCAGCGCGAGCUCGGCGAAGUCGCCGUGCGGCCUCUGAUAUCACAACGGUGA